AUGGAAAAAGCAGAAAUCACCCAUGAGGAGUUCCACGAGGACCCUUCCCGGCUGGUCGAGCUCUCCGCCGCCCAGGAAGCCACUCUACAGGAAUCAAAGAGCAUCCGCCAGACCUUCCGCGAGGACAGGAAAGUGUUUGCCGUUCUAGCCGCUGCUCUGGCCAGCGCCCUCAUUCUCGGCACGGACACGACGGCCGUCAAUUCCCUCGUCGGCUCCCAGUCUUUCUGCUAUGUCAUGGGCGAGGGAUACAUGAGCAAUGGCAAAUACGCUGUCCGACCAGAAACAGUGUCAAUAUGGAGCGCUGUUGCCGCUCCCGCACAGGUAAUGGGCCAAUUCCUGAUGGGCCCCAUCGCCGACAUCUUCGGCCGACGAGCGGUCAUCUUCUUCAACGUGGCGGUGAUGAUUGUCGGGGUGGUGAUCGAGUUCAUCGCGCCGAACUGGAAGGUCUUCGCCCUGGCCAAGUUCAUCCUGGCCUUUGUCUCGGGGCUCACCCAGGCCACGGCGCCCAUGUACAUUUCCGAGCUGGCGCCGAGGAACGCGAGAGGCCUGAUGAUUGCUCUUUAUCUAUUCAUUGGCAACUUUGGUGAUAUGUUAUCUGUGAUCUUGUGCUAUGUCGGACAGCAAACAUGGCCUGAUGCAUCGGACAAAUGGGCGUACCGCAUGCCCCUCUGCGUGUGUCUGUGUCUGCCGGUUGUGGUCUUGACAGCGCAGCUGUUCCUGCUUUGCGAAUCGCCCUCUUGGUUGAUCAUCCACGGCAAGAAUGAACAGGCCCGCAAGACGCUCAAGUUCAUGUAUCCCCGUCGCUCGGAAGACGAGAUCGAACUGAUCUAUGCCGAAUACGAAUAUACCCUCGGUCAGGAGGCGGAGCAAAGAGCAAUGAUGAAACAAUCUUCUUUUGCGGAACUGUUCAAAGGAAAGGAUCUCCGGCGUACCUUUUGCGCCUUCUUCCCCCCCAUCACAGCCAGCCUGGCCGGGAACGUGUUGACGGGCCCGCAAAAGACCUAUUUCUUCACUCUGUCCGGCCAAUCCAACUCCCUCGCCUCGACAUGUAUUGCCAUUGCCAUCGGCAUUGUGAGCAUCUCGUUUGUCUUUGCCCUGAGUGAAGUCAAGCAUGUGGGCAGACGUCGUCUGCUGCUUACAGGGCAAACCGGACUUCUCUUCUCCAUGAUUGGCAUUGGGGUGACAGCAUUGGUGAUGGGCGAACCGUACGGCACGCAAGCCGGCAAAAUCAUGCUGGGAUUCCUGUGCAUCGGCGUCUUCAGCGCCACGCUCGGCCCGAACGGGUGUGGAUGGAUCUAUAUCGGGGAGAGCGGAUCGUUGCGUCUGCGGGCCAAGACGGCGACGAUCGGCACGAUGGGCAAUGGCGUUGUCGGGGUGGUCUACAACGUUGCCAUUCCGUACAUGCUUGAGACGAACCGACUGGGAGUUGGCGGUUCUGCAUUAUACUUCGCUGCCUUUGGCGUGAUCGAUGUGUUGGUGACGUACUUUUUCAUCCCCGACUUUACAGGCCGGUCGUAUGCGCAGAUCGACGAGUUGUUCCAUCGCCAGGUUCCAGCACGAAAGUUCCGCUCCACCGUCUGCACGGGGAAUUACGGGCAGGAUAUCCUGCACAGGAAGAUUGAUAAUUAG